UUAUAGUCGACAUAUGUACUGCUAUCUUUUCCUUCUGUUACAAAUUCUGAUGUCUUCCUCUUCAGGUUCCAAUGUAAUCCGUAUCCACACUGCCAGUUACGGGCGAACAGAUAAAACCACCUGCUCUGCUGGACGCCCUGCGAAUCAACUCAGCAGGACCGACUGCUCUGCAUCUACAACGCUCCCUAUAGUAAGGGAGAGAUGUGAAGGAAGGACGACAUGCCUUCUGAAGGCCUUAAACAGCAUCUUCUCUGAUCCGUGUGGUGGCAUCUACAAGUACCUCAACAUCUCCUACAGCUGUGUUCCUCCAAACAAGUCCAGCCAAACAUGUGAAAGCCUCCAUGGCGAACUGGACUGUGGUUCAAACGUAAUUCACAUCCACAAAGCUAAUUACGGCCGGACAGAUAAAACGACCUGCUCUUCUGGACGACCUGCAAAUCAGCUCAGCAAUACCAACUGCUACGCUCCCACAACACUCCCCAUAAUAAGGAAUCGGUCAGUAAAUGACAUUAAAAAGACACAAGUUCUGCUGUGUAAAGGGAGAACGACAUGCCUUCUGAAGGCCUCAAACAGCAUCUUCUCUGAUCCGUGUUUUGGCACCUACAAGUACCUCGACAUCUCCUACAGCUGUGUUCCUCCAAGUAAAGAACCGGAGCAUCCCAUCACCACAAUCUUACACUACACUCCAAACACGUUCAGUCUAACUUUAAUUUGA